GAAGCAACCAAAACAAAGCAAAAUGCCGAACGACGCGGAAACGCAGCGAUUGUUAGAUAAAGUUUUUCCCGUUUUCAAGAAUGAACUUAAAGCAGAACCCAUUACCGUGGAGGAAUUGGAGCAGCUGCAUCAACGCCUAAAAACCAACGAACUGCUGUCGGAGGUGUACGAAUCGUUCUUCGCAAAGAUCGAAAACAUUCUGCAGCAUGUUGUGGUGCCCCAGUUCUGGUCACGCUUCAGAGCCAAGCUGCCCCAAGAGCCAUCCCGCGAUAGCUUCAUCCAGUACCAGCAUGCGGUUAAAGAGCUGUACGACCGGUUUGCUUUUUUCCGGCGCCAGUUAAAGCGACUGGAAACGGUUUGCCCGGCAAAGGAUAUUCCGUUCGUGCACCGGAAGCUACCGAACGAAGUGGUUGUGUUUUGUAGCCACUUUCACACUACGCUGCACGCGCAGCUUCCGGACGACUUUAACGAGCUGGUGUACCGGUUCUACUUCGUCGCAUUCCGUGUGUUCAUCUACAGCCACUCGGAUGGGGAAGAGUAUAUGGAUGUGGCGGAAAGCAAUCGCUGCAUCGCGUGCGACAUGACCGCGGGAGACUGCCAGUGUCAGGCGAUCGCGGAUGCGUUCACCAGCACGAACCGAUAUCUGUCUAUGAUGGGAAUUUUGGAGGAAAUAGCAGGCUACACACUGAAUCUGCUGAUACAGGAGCGGAUCGAUGCGAAGGUGGACGAAACGAAGGAAAACUAUGCGACCUCGCACGUGGAAAGUCUGGAGCAGUGGCUCAACACGGUAGUAAUGGAGUGGUUGACCCGCAUCUACAACAAAGGUUCGCUCCAGAUCCAUCCGCAUCAUACGGCUCUGCAGCGCCACAUCGCCCAGAUGCAGAGCAAGCUACUGUUCUACAUGUACGACAAGUACGCAAACACGAUCGUCGAUCAGUUCUUUCAGAUUAUCAUCAACUUCCCGAUGUCCCAGUCGGCGGUCGAUGAUCUGAAGCUGUGUCUGAGUAAGAUCAAUCUGAAGCGCUGCUUCGUGACCACGGUACGUGACAUGCUGCGGGAGCGAUUGCUUCACCCGGGUGUCGAUACGCCGGACAUACUGACGGGGUACGUGGCAGCGCUGAAGACGUUAGCCCACUUUGACUCCAGCACCGUGCUGCUACGAUCGAUCACGCGACCGAUCAAGGAGUAUCUGCGCAAUCGAACCGAAACGGUACGCUGUGUCGUCACGAGCUUCACUGGCGACGGCACUUCCGAUCUGGCCGAGGAGCUUGCAAAGGGAGAAACGGAGCCAGUCUCCAAAACGUCCAGCAGUGACAAGCUGGACGAUCCCGAUUGGAAAAACUGGCAGCCAGAUCCGGUUAACAUGGCACCGGCCGCACUUAAAUUUAUCGCUUCCAACAAGCGAGCCGACAUCAUAUCCAUGGUGGUCGACAUCUACGGGAGCAAGGAAAUCUUCGUCAACGAGUAUCGCAACUUGCUGGCUGAACGGUUGCUGUCGCAGGCGGAAUGUAGCGUAGAGAGGGAAGUGAAGCAUCUGGAGCUGCUCAAGUCACGGUUCGGCGAGAGUUUGCUGCACAGCUGCGACGUCAUGCUUAAGGACAUUACCGAAUCGAAACGGAUCAAUGCACACAUUCUGUCACCCGACUCCGGUACCGCCGAGGAGCUAUCGGGCCAGGUGUCCGCACUGAUCGUUUCGUCGCAGUUUUGGCCUACGUUCCGGAAGGAAACCAUGGAACUGCCGACCUCGAUUAAGGAAAUGUUUGAAAAGUACACGAAAGCCUAUGAAUCGUACAAAGUGAACCGCACGCUGCAAUGGACACCGUUGAACGGGAAGGUCACGAUAGAGCUGGAGCACAACGGGAAGGUUCAGGAGAUGCAGGUGACGCCCGCCCAAGCUGCAAUAGCUAUUCAUUUUAGCGAACAGCCACAAUGGGAAUUGGAUUGCUUGAGCCAGAAGAUGAACAUGCCGCCGAUCGUACUGCGGAAGCGCAUCGUGUUCUGGCAAUCGCAGGGUCUGAUACGCGAAACGAAGGAAAACCUGUUCGUGCUGAUCGACAAAAGCACGGAAAGCGACGUUAGUGCCGACGCGAUGCAAGCCCAACCGAACGACGUGUGCGAGGAAGAGGAGGCGGAGAGCGCGAUGGAAUCGGCCAGCGAUCAGCGCGAGGAAGAGCUGCAGGUGUUCUGGUCGUACAUCGAGGCCAUGCUGACCAACCUGGACUCGCUGCCGCUCGACCGCAUACACCAGAUGCUGAAAAUGUUUGCGUCCCAGGUGGACUUUACGCAGGACGAGCUGAAGCACAUCCUUCAGCGCAAGGUUCGCGAACACAAGCUCGUUUACGCCGGCGGAGUCUAUCAGCUGCCCAAGUCGUAGUCGAACUGACCGUUUACACAAUUUAUUGUUUAUCACAGAAACCGGUCAAUAUAGUCGGGAUCUAAGCCUUCGAA